CGGUACCCGCCCUUGCCCAAGUUCUACUGCUUUCCCUCUGCCAAGGGUGCCAGGCACCGAAUCUCUCACCGUACUUCCCACCUGAGGCCAGGCACCAGGUGUCAGCUGGUGUCAGACAGCUUAUUUGGGAGCGAACCUCAGGUCCUAACCUCCAGAAAAAAACUUUGCUUUUGCUGGUACCUUGGCCAACCAAUCAAUGCCUCAGACGGAUAAGCAAAUAUGCAUUCCCCCGGAGCUGCCUGAAUUGCUGAAGCAAUUUACUAAAGCUGCCAUUCGGACCCAGCCACAGGAUCUCAUCCAGUGGGCUGCUGAUUAUUUUGGAGCUAUGACCCGCGGAGACAUUCCUCCAGUGAGAGAUCGGUCUGAGCCAGUCGCUUCAUCUAACUUUGCAGAGCUUACACCUGAGCUGUUGAAGAUCCUGCAUUCUAGGGUUGCUGGCAGACUGAUUAUCCAUGUCAAUGAGCUGGCCCAGAUGUGGAAGGUGCUGAGUCUCCCACCAGAGCUGUUAAAUAGUGUGAUAAAUGUGGGCCGCUUCACGGAGGAGAUUGAGUGGCUGAAGUUUUUAGCCCUGGCUUGCAGCUCUCUUGGUGUUACCAUUUCCAAAACUCUCAAGAUAGCAUGUGAAGUUUUAUCAUCUGACCAUGAUAGUGGACCUGCCCGGAUCCCUUUCAGCACCUUCCAGUUUCUCUACACAUACAUUGCUGAAGUGGACGGGGAGAUCUCCGCAUCACACGUCAGCCGAAUGCUGGCCUACAUCGAACAGGAAGUAAUUGGUCCUGAUGGCUUAAUCAAAGUGAAUGACUUUACCCAAAACCCCAGGGUUCGGCUGGAGUGAAUGCACAUUUUUGGAAUUUUAGAGGAAGAUACAGAGAUGGUUGUGCUUCAGAAUAACUGAACCCCAUACACCAUCCACUGUCCAUUUUCUUGUACAACUGGUACGCACUAAUAAACAGUUAGGCAGACACGAAAUCAGGGAUGUGUGGAAUUAAAAUGUAAAAUUAUUGGAACAAAACGCCUUAAUAGAAGAUUAGUAUUCUUCCCACACGGACACUAAGUGCAAGUGACUGAGAGGCAUGGAUAGAAAAUGCCUCUCAAGUCAAAACCAGACUGUC